GUCCACUUGGCUUGAGUCACAGAGCACAUUACUCUCUAAAAGAGACUCUCUAACAGCUCAGACGCAGAAUCACAUAUAUAUUCACUUCAAAUAGAGUAGCAGCAGGACUGUAAACAAACUGAGGUGGAAAAAAAACAGAGGAUCGAGCACCAAAAUGGAAGCAACAUCCUCACUGUUCAAGUCAGUGUCUCGGCGCGUUUGGUCACCUCCUCAGCGUCCGUUCAGAGUGUGUUCCUGGAACAGAGAGGUCAAAAAAGGCAUCACUGCGGGAACCCUGGAGGAGCUCAAAGAGAGGGCAGGCCAGGCUCUGCUGAUUUCUAAAAUGCUGACUCUGGUGUGUGAGGAAGACGGGACAGAGGUGGACUCAGAUGAGUUCCUCAUAGCCCUGCCGGACAACACUGUUUUCAUGUGUCUGCAACCUGGAGAGAUCUGGAGGCCUCAUCCGUUGCGUCAAAGGGGUGGAAACAAACCAGGUGAUAGUAAACCAAGGACAGGAAAAGACAUCGCUCAGAUAACCUUUGACCUCUACCGUACGCAUCCCAAAGAUGUGUUUGGCUCGCUGAAUGUUAAAGCCACAUUCCAGGGGCUUUACUCCGUCAGUGCAGAUUUUCAGUGCUUGGGGCCAAAGAAGUUCCUGAGGGAGGCUCUCAAAAUGAUGUCCACUCUCCUUCACGCUGCUGGUCACUUGCUGAUCUCAUCCGCUGCUGUGAUUCGCCGAAUUAUCCAAGGGGCGGACAUGCUUCAAGCCCAGAAUAACAAACAAAUUGAGUAUUGGGAGUAAUGAGAAAUGUAUCAUUUAGAAGACAUGAAUUUGAGAUCAGGAACAUGGGAAAGAGAUGUUUUUUUUUUCUGAGAUGUAAGGAUACACAGAUUUAUAUGGUAAUGCUAAAGUUUAAUUUAGCACAAAUGAUGCAUCAGCUUUGCAUCAUUUAUUGUAUGAAAAUGUUCAUUGCUUUACUACCAUUCCAAAGCUUAUGAUCAGUGUUUUUCAAUCAUGUACAAAAAUAAACAUGUUUUUUUGUACUUCAUUGAAAAACUGGAGGCUUGGGUGUCACGCGAUCCUUCAAACAUCAUUCUAAAAUGCUGAUUUGGUGCUCAAGAAACCUUAAUUAAAUAAAAAAAUAUGUUUUUAUUUA